AUGGUUAAUCUUGUUAGAGCUAUGAUUGGUCAAUUUAUAUGUAAUAACUCUUUUUUAAUAAUUCGUUUUACUAACAUUUUGUAUAAAAAGCGUAUCGCACUACUAGAUACGAAUGUUACAAAGCUUACAAAGCUUAUUCAUUUGAAAAAUGAUAUCACAACUGGUCACAAUGAACGUUGCUCUAGUUCUUUUAUUCACAUUCAAUAUGAUGAAGCUUGA